GAGCGUCCUGACGAACUUAGUGCGAUUUGUUUUAGUACAUUUCUUAAACUAGUUCUUAAGCAAAAGAAGAACGAUAAGAAUUUCGUUGCUAAGGCCAAAAUGUCGUUACUUCCUUAGUUACCGUCACUAUGGUUACUGAAAACAGCCGUGACAGAGGAGCUGCACUAUAUCGGAAACGAGGAAGACAUGAACGAGUCUGAUCACUACCUGCUCUUCAUCAGAUGCUCUUCUCAAACAGAGUUUUUAGUGCCACCUGCCCUAUGUGAAGGUCUCAGCAGAUGUUAUUUAGAGGAACGUGUGUUUCCUGUGCUGCUGCCUGGACUGGAGGCUUUGCUUGAGGAAGCACAGAAGCAGCGCUGCAUGGAGAGGAAAAAGACAAAGUUUAACGGCUGUGACUUCCUCACUGAAUGGCUGUACAAUAAAAACCCUCGAUGGACAGACCGAACACCUGUGGAUUUUCAUACGAUUCCUUUCGUCCAGAACUGGCUUCUUGAACAUCCCAGGCCACUCCUCCCAGCUUCUCUACUUCUGACAGAUGAGCAGGCUGCAGUGUUGAUCCAGGCUUUCUGGAGGGGAUAUAAGGUGCGUGUACAUCCAGAUGUGCAAGAGCUGAGGCAGUGGCAGAGAGAGCUGCGGGAAGAGAACUGUGACAUCAACAAAACAGUUCAGGAUUUCUGGGCACGUCAGGAGAACAGAGUUUGGUCGGAGUUGGUUGAACUUGUUGACAGUGCUGACCAGCAUGUGGAGGCUGGUGUGUCCAUUGAGGUGGUUCCUCCUACACCUCAGAGCAGAAUUCUGUAUACUCCUCAGAGCACCUCCGAGAGAAAAGAGCUGCUCACGCCAAGCUUCUCUUCCCAGCGCACCACCACUCCACAUCAUUUUAACAACGCAACUUCGGAAUGAAGAAUUCACUGCUGUACCUCUAUUUCAGUGUUAUUCAAACCUGUCCUAAGGACCCCCAACACAGCACAUUAUGUAUGUCUCCCUGAUCAGUUAUACCCAUAUCAGGUCUUGGAUUCUUUACUAAUGAGCUGAUGAGCUGAAUCAGGUGUGUUUGAUGGGGGGAGACAUACAAAAUGUGCAGUGCUGGGGGGGACCUAUAGGACAGGUUUGUGAAGCACUGCUCUUUUUAUUAUCAAAGGAAUAAAUGCAAAUUUUCUGAUAAUUUACUUGCCCUCAAGCUAUUCAAGAUGUAGAUGAGAUUGUUUUUUCAUUGCAACAGAUUUGGAGAAAUUGGCAUUAUGUGGACCCUGUGUAGUGAAUGGGUGAAAUAAUAAAUGUGAUUUAGAUAUAUAAAUUAUAUAUAAAUUGUUCAAUUAGAAGAGUAUAAAUACAAUUUCAUCUUGUAUACUAUUUUAUAGUUUUUAUUAUUUAAUGUUUUAUAACAUUUCACAUAAAAAUGUAAAUGGAUCUUUGCAGUUAUUUUGAAUUCAUAAUAUAUAUAUGGAUAGAUAGAUAGAUAGAUAAUCUAAUUCUCUACCCAAAGCUAAGAAUUCUCUCAUUUAAUCACCCUCUUGUCCAACAUGUAUAACUUGCUUCUA